AUGAGUCAGCUCAAAAGAAAACGUGUCUCGUGGAAGCAGCAGAUGCUUGAAUCUCUAAAGGCUAGCCGACAAAAGCUUAAUAAGUAUUACUCUCAAACCGACCGUAUCCGAGGACAUAUCUAUGCAAUUGGUACAAUGCUUGUGCCUGAUAGCCGAUUCCAAUUCUUUCUCUCCGAUGAUUGGGACCCUCAGUGGCGUAAUACCUACCAGAAAACAUUUCAAGCUGCAUUGAUUCCAUAUCAAGAGCGCCUCUCAAGCGGUCAAAAUUCUCAAAACCCUCAAGUACAAAUCAAACCGAGUUUACGGCUAAAUAAAAUGCUAAAUGGGAAUAAGAUAUCAGCAAAGCCAGUUGGAGAUAAGGUAACUCAGUAUCUUGAUAGUGAGGCAAGCCAGCUCGAACAAUUCUUUACAUUAGAGGAGAUUGAGGCAGUAAGGGAGCAGAAUCAUAAGAAUCUGGAAGAGAUUGAGAUUGAUGUAAUUAGUGAUGAUGAUAAAGAGGAGGAGGUAGAAGAAGUUUCUCCUGGUCUGAUUAGUAUAGACAGUGAGCUACAACUACCAGAGACUACAACUCAGCUGCGGGUGCCUGGAAGAAAACGUAAAAGCAGAGCAGAUGAUGAUUUUGAGCAAUAUUAG